UUGUCCUCUUCCACUCUCUUUUACAAGCAGACUACAUUGUUUGCUGUCCAUUCUUUCCAACCUUCCCCUCGUUGGUCUAUAUUCCGCGACCUUCUUGAUAUCCUCGCCCGACCUCGUCUCGGCAAAAACACAAUGAAGCUGUCCGUUUGCGCCCUUGUGGCCGCGGCCGCUGUUUCUGUCGGCGCUGCCGUUGUCCAUCCUCUGGCAUCGAGGGUUGAUGAACUUCCCGCCUACACUCAGCCAAUGGCCCCGCCUGCGCCUCGUCCUGCUCAGCACCUUCGCCCACUCAAAGUGCGCCAGAGCACAAACACCACUUUGCCACCAUGUGCUCGCGUGUCCGAGGCCGUGUACAGCGAUCCGGAUGCGAGCUUCUUGACCGCCAAAAUCCCUGCCAAAUUGGCCUUUGAUUGCCUCCAGUCUAUUCCUGUCAAUGUUUCGUCUGCCAAGAGCUUGCUGGCCGAGAUGCCUCUCUAUCUCGAAUGGCAGAGCACACUCACUGUUCUCAAGAAUCCGCCAGCCGAGUACGCGGAAAAAGUGCAACCUCCAAUCGACAUCCUUGGCGGGUUGAAAGAUAUUGCCGCUCAACUUGACGCUGGCCAGUUCACUAGCGAAUAUGAUUUUGGCUGGUCUCUUUAUACCCUGAUCCAAUCUGCUCACGACGGACACUUAUCUUACGUUCCCGACUCGGUGGGUAGUAUCUUCUCUUUUGGACGUCCCGUUCCUCUGGUUUCCGUGUCCGAGGAUGGCGACAAGUUGCCAGCUGUUUUUGCAUUUGAAGAUGUAUUGGGUUUCCAAUUCAAGAAUAUCACCUACACGCCAUCGCCUGUAGUCGAGAUCGAUGGGAAGCCUGCCAUCGAGUUCCUCGAAGACUGGAGCCAGUGGGGAACUCUCCAAGACCGAGAUGCCCUGUACAACAACGUCUUCUACGAGUUGUCUCAGAUAAGUCUUGGUUCGGAAGGCAGCGGAUCCGGUUCGUUCACAGGUGGUGGUCGUGGUCGCUUUGUCUACCCUGGCGCUACAACGACGCUCAAGUUUGCCAAUGGCUCAAGUUACACCAUGGAAAACUAUGCCAGCGUGUGGCAAACCUUCCGCGGCAUUGCGACUGGUGAAGACCUGGCCAACAAAUUCUUUACUUACUCUGCUACUGCGGCUGCUUCGGCCCAGGCUGUCCACGCCGAAGCUGAUGAUGUUACUCCCGCCGCUCCAGGAUUCCCCAAGGCCGUCGUCCCUGGCCCUGGAGGCAUCAUCAAUGGAUUUUACAUUGACAGCCCUGGUCAUAAAGAUGUGGCUGUUCUUCAGGUGAUCAAUUUCGUUACUGUCGAUUCUUGGGAAGAGCCUUUCCAGCAGACAUCUCAAAAAUUCUUUGCAAAAGCGCUCGCCGAUGGCAAAACCAAAUUGAUCAUUGAUCUUCAAGCAAAUGGUGGCGGUACGAUUCUCCAAGGAUACGACCUCUUCAAGCAGCUUUUCCCUUCAAUUGAUCCCUACGGGGCCAACCGAUGGCGAUACACAGAGGGUGCCGAUCUCAUUGGCGAGUCAUUCAGCGCUUUCACUGCCGACAUUCCUCGCGUCGAUACUGUCAAUUAUACUCUAAUCAACAUUCAAAACUCUUGGUUCGAUCGGAAAACAGAUAUGACUGUUGAUGGAAAGCCUUUUGCUUCUUGGGAUCAGAAGAUUGGCCCUCACGAGGUCAAUGGCGACAAUUACACUACCCUAUCCCGCUGGAAUCUAUCCGACGUGAUGACCAAGUACUCUGGCGGCAUCAACAUCACUGGCUACGGGCCCCUUGCCAACGUCACUGGUGGUCCCCGGUUCAAGGCCGAGAAUAUUGUCAUGCUCACGGACGGAUAUUGCGCCUCGACCUGUACCAUAUUCACUGAGUUCAUGUCACAGCAGGCAGGUGUCAAAACCAUUGCAUUGGGUGGCCGCAGCAACCGGAACAAGAUCCAGGCCGUCGGUGGGGUGAAGGGCGUAAACAACCUUGGAUGGAGCUACAUUCAGAAUGCGGCGCGCAACGCCAUUUACCUCGCCACCGGUGCACUGAAGGAGAAGCUGAAUCAAUCGGUCUUAGCCACGGAAUAUACGAAGAAUCUGGUUUUCAGCCGCGCUGCUAACGGGGCUGCUGGUGUCAACGUCAGAGAUGGCAUUAGACAGAACGAUACCUCCGAAACCGCGUUGCAGUUCGUCUACGAGGAAGCCGAUUGCCGACUCUACUACACUCCUGAAAUGACGGUUGACGCGACUGCCAUCUGGAAGGCGGCCGCUGAUGCGCAAUGGAGCAAGAGCGGUAAAUGUGUAGGCGGACCAAAGCAGACCGACGAGAAGCGCGAUAACGAUGUUGUUGCGGCCACCUCGAAGCUGAGUUCGGGUCGUGUGAAAGCGGCCAACGCCGCUGCACUUCAGCAGUAUGAAGCGUUCCGCGACAGUUUCAACCUGGAGACCAUCUGCAACAAGGAGCGUGCCGGAUGGAUGAAGCCGUAAAGGUUGAGAAUUGAAGUGCGAGUGUUUUCCGAUGCGCCCCACUACGAUGGCGUUGGCUGGGGUUGAUAGAGACGGCGUAAUUGUAGCAAAGUUAAUGAUACCAUGACAACGAAAUUCUCUCUCGUGAAUUGUAGUGCGAUCAUGGUUUUGUGUUGUGAAGGUUGAUUGUAACUGAACAUCUAACACUGUUCUGCAGCGCCCAUCACUGCGAUCGCAGGUUGACCAUCUCCUCCUUUGUGGCAGUCAUUGCCGACUCCUCGUUCGGUGCCCCCUGUGUGUACUUGAUGCCACUCAACAUCCCUCAGUACUAGUGGAUAGAUGAUCUCCUCGAAUCUUUCAUCGCUUGAUCCUAGUCUCAAAUGCGUUCCCCAAUCUUGUCUCACAAAAGCUUCAGUCC